CCAUUACUGUAGUCAAGGUGUUUGAAAGUCGUUAUGUGUUACAUUGUUUCAUUUCAUCUGUUUGUAGGAAUUUGUUAAAUAACAGAUUAGGUCAAUAACACGUGGAAUGUUACGGUCUUAUUUCUUCAUAUUUUCGAGCAGGAAACUUUGCCGAGGGGAAAGAAAAAUUCCCACGAGAGAAUCCAGUGAGACCAGACAUCCGAUGGCUGGCCAGCAUGAUUCAACGGACGAAACAUGUUUACUGGCGGACAUAACGCUGGUGGACAACAACUUUUGCUUAUUAAGAAAAUGCCACUUCGUUCAAUGCUUGUAAAGAAUUUUCAGGAUGGCUUACCAUUUCUAUUCACGGUUCCUCAUCAACGCCCAAUCCGCUCAACGGCCAACACCUCCGCGUCAUCUGGACACUUUGGAAGGGAAACCCUAAAGGGCUAAUUGGACCCCUCAAAGGAGGGGCAAUGCUAGAAAGCCUGUCGUCACGUUUAAAUUUCACGUACGAGAUGGUUCGAGUAACAGAGUUCAAAAUUGAGCCAUCAGAAAAAGGACUAGGACUUUUUAACUAUUUGUGGGAUCAACAAUGCGAUUUGCUGGUCCAUGAUGUCAUUCCAACACCCGAGCGCAAUAAAGUCGUCGAUCUGACGACUUAUUGGAUCUACGAUCGUUUAGCUUUUCUCAUCCCCGUACCAGAUGAAACGGCCAACAUCGACUCCGUCAUCAAACCUUUCCAAUGGCCGGUAUGGCUAGGACUGGGGAUAUCCAUCGUUUGCGUUAUCGCAAUUUUAAAUUUAAUUCGACGCUACUUGGAAUGUCGAUCGACAUUUUGUACGGGUUUUAGACCCAACAAUGAACCACAGACAAGAAACUUAAAAACUGGAGGCCAACACCGUGCCAAGAAAAGGCAGACCGGAAAUGAAUAUCUCUACGUUUUGGGAAAUUUGCUGUCACAAGGUGUCGUUUGCCCAUCAAAACAAUUACCCUACCGACUAGUCGCUAGCGUUUGGAUCCUGGCCGCCUUCAUCUUUGUCCAGUCCUACACGUCCACUCUGUUCACUUAUGUUGUGACGCCAAUCAGCCAUCCGCUAGUCAACUCAAUUUACGACGUUAUUGGUAGUAGCGACAUCAAUUUAAUAGUCAGAGAAACGGGACUUAUAAAUACGUUACUUUCGAACACCAAUCACAGUACGGGCAUAUUCGCGACAUUACAAAAGAAAGUGGAUUCCUUCCCAAAUUCUCGAUGCGUAUCGGUGUCUGACUGCAUUCGAACUAUCAAACCGGAAUUGAGAAAUGUGUUAAUUGAUGCAAAUGUUUACCUAAAGGAUGCCAUCAGAAAUGAUUUUAAAAAGACGGGCAAAUGCAACUUUCAAAUGGCAAAAGAAGGAUUCAUCGGCACCACGAUAUCGCUUGCGCUACCGAAAAACAGCCCCUACACUCAAAGAAUUUCCCAAGGAAUUUUGGAAGUGCAGCAAACUGGCGUCGUUGACUUCUGGGACACGUGGAUCCGCCCCAUGCCUCCUCAAUGUAAUGGGAAACCCCAAAGUGGAAAUAAGAAAAAGAAAACAACUCCUCUUUCCCUGAAAAACUUGACCGGUGCCUUUCUAGUUUUGUCGGUUGGAUUGAGCCUUUCCUUUUUGGCUUUUCUCGUGGAAAAAGUCAUUUCAAUACGUGAGCGACAUCACGCAAGUAAUAAGUUGCAACAAGAUUCAAAUAACGUAAUUGUAAUGGUGCCAUUUAAGGUUACAGCAGAAGAGGAAGAACCAGUGGUCAUCCUUGAUUAGGUCGUUGCUUAGAUUGGCCCAUAACUAAUCUUAAAAAUUUGUCAUUUUAGUAUUUUCUUCAUUGCCUUGAGUUUCACCCACUUCUUUUCCGAAGAGGGUCGUUAUUUAGUCUGUACCUUACCGUACAAUUUUAAAAUCGCACAUCCGCAUUCCGCCUCUUAUAUUUUUCAAUGUAUAGUCAAGUUGUGUUUUUGGAGUUGGAAUAUGGAAACUUGGAAAUGCCCAAAAGCCAAAUUUUCUUUAACAAAUAGUAGUCGAUUGUAGUUCAUGAUUCACCUUUGUGUAUGAAGUAUUUAGACCGCGAUGGACAUGCAAGUCUUUGGCCUACUUCACUUUGCACUUAUCUGCUGUACGACGAAACUUAUGGUCAAAAUACACUAAAAAUACGGAA